AUGGCUGCGAUUGGCUGCAUCUCCUUAGCCUCUACAUGGCCAUAUUGGUGGAAGAGCCUCUGCAUAGAUGCCUUAGUGUCGAGCCUCUGCAUAGAUGCCUUGGUGUCUUCGCAUGGUGGAGUUGGGAUUGCUCUAUUUCUGCAUGGCCUCUGCAUGGAUAAUUUGGUGUCUUUGCAUGGAACAGUAUCUCCUUCUCCUCUGCAUGGGCUGAGUAGGGCAUUUAUUAUGGAUGGGGGGCAGAUUGGCUAUUCUCUUCAUCGGUAUGCUAAAACAAUUUCUCUGCAUGAACUUGUACGUGUUGGACGUCUUCUGUUUGCUUAUGCUGACACUGAUCCUGACUUUGUGGCUCAUCUGGUUUUAGCCCUCAUGGUUGCUCCUGCUGUUGACAUUGAUGGCGUUCCUCCCCCCUUGGCUCCAUCUACUCCUCGUGAUGUGGGACUUCGUGCUCCCCACCCAGAUCCAGCGAUGGUGGGUUCUUCUGGUUCUAAGCACUUGGAUGUGGUCUUGGUAGAAGAGUGCCCAGAUGGUUCUGAUGAUGAGAUCCUGGAUAAGGAUCGGCUGGACUUCAACUUUUUUGAGGAAGAAUCUACUGAUUCCUGCACCAAACUUCAAAACUUUGCUCUUAACCAUCUCUCCAAAACCUGUGCCAUCUCCUCUGAGGAUAUUCAACCAAAAUUUGAAGUUUGGAAUCUUUGUGUUGUGGGCUAUGUUUCUGGUAAAAACCCUGGCUAUAGAGCUCUAAAUAGUAUUAUUUCCAAUGUCUGGAAAUGUGAGGCCUCCGUUACCAUCCAUGAAUCUGGGUGGUUGGUAUACAAAUUUAAGACAGAGGAGGAUAAGCUUACGAUUCUCCGUAGAGGACCCUACCUUAUGUAUGGUCGACCUCUUGUUCUACGGCCUAUGACAAAGUUCUUUGAUUUCUCCAGUGCAGAGAUGUCUAGGGUGCCGGUUUUGGUCAAGUUUCCAUGCCUUCCUUUGUGCUGCUGGUCUCCGGAACUCCGCCACUCAGUGGAGAUUUCAUUACCUGAAGGUCUUACUCUGCACCAAAAAGUUGUUUAUGAGACGCUACCUAAAUAUUGCAAUUUCUGCCAUGUUCUUGGCCACUCUCGUCUCCUCUGUCCCAAAGCUGCUGCUGCUUCCAACACUGCCUCUCCUAGUCAACCCCCGGCUCUAGCUGGCCACACAAGGAAAGGGCAUGCUCUCAGUCGCUUGGGUCCUCAGAUUUCUCACCAGAGUUCUCCCUCUCCGUCUCCAGUGCCAGGCCCUUCUCAAGUCCAAGAUACUCCAGUAGUUACUGAGGUGGCUACUAUCUUAGAUGAUCCCCAUGCUACUACUGAAGAUUGGGUUACGGUGGGCUCUAAGCGUAAACUUAGCAAGAAAUCUGGAUGUAGUCUAAAGGGGAAAGAGGUGGAUGUUUCUGGGACAGGGAUAGUUGUUCCCUCCCCUAUCCCUUCCUUCCCUGUAAGUGCAGGAACAGAUCGCCCUCUCUCCUCUCCUCAGCCUAUCCCACUUGUGGACUCCUCAUGUGUUGGAAAUGUUCGGGAUUCCUCCCCUCAUUCUAUUGAACUACUGGAAGCACAUCAUCGUGCUGGAGUGGCUCGUGAACCCUCUCCUCCUAAAAAUCCUCAUUUGGCAGUUAAUCCUGAUAGUAAUAAUGCUAUGGCUGGAAAUAUUCAUGAGGUUGUUGGCCUCAUGAAGAAACACAAGAUGGAUGUGUGUGGUUUGCUUGAAACUAAAUUGCUUCCCUUCCGAGUACUUCGUCUCAAGCAUUGGCAAUACUUUACAAAUGCGGAUAUUGCAGGUACUGCUAGAAUUAUGGUUUUCUGUAAUCCAGCAACAGUUAAACUUGACUUGCUUGCUUCAUCCGCCCAGGCUAUUCACUUCUCUGUGACCAGUUUGAUCUCUCAGCUUAGUUUUAAGCUUACUUAUGUAUAUGGCUUUAAUACCAUCUCUGCUAGACGUUCCCUAUGGGGGGAGUUACGGUGCUGGAAUUCUAACUCUCCCUGGAUGGUUCUUGGAGACUUUAAUUCAGUUCUUUCUUCCAUAGAUAAACAUAAUGGUGAGGUUGUUUCUUUAUAUGAAAUCUCUGACUUUCGUGAUUGUUGUUUUGAUCUUGGUUUGCAUGACGUCAACUUCACUGGCUGCCAUUUUAGUUGGACAAAUGGCACUGUCUGGAGCAAGCUUGAUCGGGUUAUGAUCAACCCUUCAUGUUCUUCCUUGAAUCAUCUCACUCAUGUUCACUUUGGUCCUCCUGGAGCAUUUACAGAUCAUUCUCCUGCUGCAGUCCGUUUGGGUCCUUUCCAGCAGGGUAGACGGUGUUUUAAAUUUUUUAACAUGUGGACAUCCCAUGUUCAGUUCUUGGAGUUGGUUUCUUCUCAUUGGUUCUUCCCUAUAUAUGGCACCCCCAUGUACAUAUUAUGUCGCCGCCUCAAACUCCUGAAAGGGCCCUUGAAAGUGCUCAACCGUCUCCACUUCAGCCAUAUAUCAGAACGAGUACUACGGCUUGAAUCUGAGCUAGAUCAGCAUCAAUAUGCUUUGCAACAAGAUAUGGAUAAUCAACUUUUACAUGCCCAAGACAGCCUCCUUCGCUCUAAAUUGUCCACUCUAAAACUUGCAGAGCAACAGUUCUUUAGUCAGAAGACCAAAUGCACUUUUCUUCAACAUAGUGACAGAGGCUCAAAGUUUUUCCAUGCUCUCAUGGGUCACAACCAUCGGAGGAAUUUUAUCUCUACCAUUACAUGCAAUCACAGUGGCCUUAGUACCUCUUUGCAGGAAGUAGGUGAUGAAUUUGUUGCAUAUUACUAGCACCUCUUAGGUGCCUCAAAAACCACCAUUCCCCUUGAUCGUGAAGUUAUUCGUUGUGGCCCAUGUGUUCCUUCUAGUUCUCAUGACUUCCUCCUCUCUCCAGUGUCUCACGAGGACAUACGCAAGGUUGUCUUUAGUAUUGGAAAUGAUAAAGCCCCGAGGCUUGAUGACUACUCCUCAGUCUUCUAUAAGCAAGCAUGGUCUGUCAUGGGCGAGGAUUUUUGUGCAGCGGUGUAGGACUUCUUUCAUACGGGCAGUAUCCUUAAGCAGGUUAAUCAUUCUAUUAUCUCUUUGGUCCCCAAGUCAACGAAUGUCUCUUCUCCUUCGGAUUUUAGGCCAAUAUCCUGCUGUAAUGUUAUUUACAAAGUCAUAGCAAAGAUCCUCGCUGGUCGUCUUGUUCACGUUUUAAUGGAGAUUGUUAGUCCUAUGCAGAAUGCGUUCUUAGGUGGCAGAUUUAUGAGUGACAAUAUUAACCUUGUGCAGGAGCUGCUUCAUCAGUAUGGUAGGAAGAGAUCGUCUCCCCGCUGUUUGUUGAAAGUUGAUUUUAAAAAAGCAUUCAACUCUGUCUAGUGGGGCUUUAUAGAAAAUCUUCUCUGCCACCUUGGUUUCCAGAUAAAUUUGUUAACCUUGUUAUGCAAUGUGUGUCCACUACUUCCUUCUCUGUUGUAGUUAAUGGAGAUAUGCAUGGGUUCUUUUUAGGGCAAAGUGGCGUUCGCCAGGGAGACCCCU